AUGGGACCAGGUGAUAGUCCAUUCCAAGGCGGUGUAUUUUUUCUAUCAAUUCACUUCCCGGCUGAUUAUCCUUUUAAACCACCCAAAAUCACAUUUACAACGAAAAUUUUUCAUCCAAAUAUUAAUUCAAAUGGAGCUAUAUGUCUUGAUAUUCUUCGUUCACAAUGGUCACCGGCAUUAACUAUUUCUAAAGUGUUACUCUCGAUUUGUUCACUGCUUUGCGAUCCCAAUCCUGAUGACCCAUUGGUGCCUGAUAUUGCUCGCACGUAUAAGACGGAUAAAGAGAAAUAUAAUGCAACAGCGCGGCAGUGGACUCAAAAAUAUGCCAUUCGAACAUAUUUAGAUAGAGUCAAAAUAAUGGCACUUAAACGCAUUUCAAAAGAACUACAAGACUUACAACGUGAACCACCAGCGAACGUCAGUGCUGGACCAGUUCAACCAAAUGAUAUGUUUAAUUGGCAAGCAACAAUUCUUGGUCCCAGCGAUUCACCAUAUCAAUCAGGUGUAUUUUUCCUUUCGAUAAAUUUUCCAACUGACUAUCCAUUCAAACCACCUAAAAUCACAUUUACAACGAAAAUUUAUCAUCCUAAUAUAAACUCAAAUGGUGCAAUUUGCCUUGAUAUUCUUCGAAGUAAUUGGUCACCGGCGUUAACAAUUUCGAAAGUUUUAUUAUCAAUUUGUUCGUUAUUGUGCGAUCCAAAUCCAGAUGAUCCACUUGUACCAGAAAUCGCUAGACAAUACAAACAAGAUCGAGAAGCAUAUAAUGCAACUGCUCGACAAUGGACACAAAAAUAUGCUAUGUGA